AUGUGCAGUAAGCGCACUGCCAGUCAGUUCUACUUUGUAAUGCAGUGUUGCAACUUGUGCAGCCGCGUGCUAGUUGCACAGUGGCCGUGCAGGACGUGUUCGCCUCGCGGAUAUGAGUGUGUGAAUGUGUUCUGUGCGUGUGUUGUCUGAGGAAAUGGAUUUGGUGCAAUUGCUGUAUAGCAUCAUCUUCAACCACAUCGUGCCCUAUAUCAACGGCUCAGAUCCUGGACGAUGCUUGAAAUGAUUCACUGCGCGGAGCUUUUCACCAUCGUCGUGAAAAACCAUACGCCAUAUCCUAACAUUGCCAUGAGCUCCGUUACAUUUUACUUUGUGUGAGUGUGUGUGUGCGUGGUGCGCACAAGUGAGUGUGAAUGUGCAUAUAGUUCAUCCUUUGCGGUGAGACGAUCUGGCAAGCCGUAUCCGGUUCCGACUAGCGACAAGCGACACCGUGAAUGUGAAGUUGAGUUAAAACCAGCAAAGAAGAGCAAAAAACCAAACAACUCAAAGGAGCGGCAGCAAGUGGAAGUGAAGAAGUUGUGCACCGACCCCAAUGCACUGGGUUGCUUUUGCCAAUAGAGUGCAACUAACGAGGCAGACAAACCGGAUGGAGCGUUACAUGCGUUAAAGUUUUGCAUAGAGAACUGGACUGGAUUUUUUUUCAUUUCCGGUAGGACCAUACCAGCUACUCGUUGUACAUCUACAGCGUAUGUAGCCAGGGCGAAGAAGGUACACCUUGUGCAUUAUUGGAACACGUGAAGUGGUUUGUUUUGAGUGUAAAAAUUUACUUCCCAAAAAACCGCAGUACGAACAGAUCGGUCGUAACAAUUGGGUCGGCUGGCAGUGGAGAUCGUUUCGCUGGUGAAAAUAUGACCAAAUGAUAGCAAUUUAAUGUAGAUUUCUGUGGGAUAUCCACGGCAAAGAUUUAAGCAACUUUCAUGCACUGAAUGAAAUACAAGAAAAGGCAAGACACCAGCCACUUAAUACAUAUAUGUGUGUGCAAUGUCACUCAAACGCUUUUUUGCUAAUCUACAGAAGGAAUGUGGUAAAUAUUUUGGCAAAUGUUUUAAACACUAACGCUAAAGCUUGUUGUGGAUUGCACCGGUGCAAAAACACAAAUGUUGACUAUGCUUUUCACACCCUCCGAGUGACACUCGAGACCAUGGUGGGGAAAUAGUUUCAUCCGAACACUGAUAAUGCCCACACACUAUGCUGAAUCGAGAUAAAAUCCCUUUGCCGUUAUAUUAGUCACGUUCCGCUGAGCUGCUGGCGAUGAGAUGCAGCUGGAGGUGUGCCAUAGUGUGCGUUUCCUUCCCGCAGCACUAAGAGAGUGGCCAUUACUUAGCACGCCUGCAACCUCGUAAAACCGAUCGUAGGGUAGGGCUGCCGGUAAGAACUGGUUAGUUCAUUCAUCGCCAAACGCACAACAGCACAACAACCUUACUCGUAGCCCACGAUGGGUGAUGAUGUCAUAUGCAUCGAUUCAGAUGACGAUGACGAAGAUGAGGCGGUUCCUCCUUCGGCCAGAAGUGCACUCAAUGCACGUGCUGCACUUGGACGACACGGGGGAAGAAAUUGGCGCCAGCGGCGCAGAGCACAAAGAGGAAGAAAAAAUGAUUCCACCAUCCUCAGCAACAACACUCCACUGGGAAAGCUAUUGGACGGACUACGUUGGCUGAGCUCCGAUUUGUAUUUUGGAGAAUGGGCGGGAAAAUCGGGGACAGAUUUUCCUUUCCACUCACUAGCACAGCGCGUUCGAUCACUUGUAGCAGAGUUUCAGCGUUACGAUACCACGCUAGCAGCACGCACCGAAGGAUGGCGACAAGUGGUAAGAUUUUUAGUUCUUCUUCGAACGGUUGGGCUAACGGAAACCCCGGCUAACGGCGACGAUGAUCCAGGAUGUGAUAAGCACCUUCAAGGGGACGAUAAGCAGCCAAUUGCCGAUGUGAGGCGGUCGCGUACCGACCACAAAUCGAAGCAACCUGGCGGCCAUCUUUCUGCCGUUUGCUGCAAUCGUGAGAAAGCGCGACAAACCCGCCACUACCAGCUGACAGUGAUCGAUAUACUGGCGGACUACAUCCGGUUCCGGUGCGAAUCGGUAGCACGGUUACAUCCGCCCAUCCGACCUGAGGCACUGCUGAAGGAAUGUAACCGUAUCGUUGGCAGCAUGUUUGUGAUCUUCGACGGUAGCAUGGAGCUGAUGACGCUGGUCCUGCUUCGUAUCAUCCCAGACCGGGCGACACACACACUGCUCCUAUAUCCCGUGUUUGAGCACAUUCUUACCAGCGCAACGUGCCACAGCGACUGCGACACCAUACCUGGCUACGUCCGGAUGCUGCUUUGCUUCAAACGCUGGAAGUCACUGGUAAGCGGACGGGCAGAGAAAGCUUCCAUCGAUUCAAAUGCCGUCCAGCUGCUCCCUGGACGCUGUCCAACGGUUCAGCACGCUUCCGAUCUGCCCUUCCUGAGGUUACUGCCACCCGUACCAACUGGUCAGCGCGUCAUCGAAACGCGCUACCUGCUGGUUAACGAUCUGUUCAGUUUGGAGCACUGCAUCGCACAGUACCUUCGACACCAUCGCCGUACAGUUACUGGCCCGUCGGUGGACGAAUCCGCGCCGAAGCAACGCGACAACAAUUCCAACCGUCAGCGACGUCUGCAUUCGAUGGAAAUCAGAAGCAAUUACAUCAACGUAUCGCUACUGGCAGAACUGAUCGAACGAAAGAGUCAGCUUUGGGUUCGAGCCUUUCCGACGCCACCGGACAUGAUAUCCACCCACCCAGCCCGUUCCCCCAUUCCGAACCAGUGCCUCCAGCAGGAAGUACAUUCCAUCAUCGAGAGCUUACGAUUGAUAUUUCGCAACCGGGCCGAUUUCAUCGAACUGACGCUGCUGCGCGUGAAACCCUACCCAUCCUCCAUCAAUCUGCUUGGGCCAGUCUUCGAAGCCUUUCUUGGUACGGCAGCAGCAACAUCGUGCAUCGUCAAAGCAAUCGGUCCCACCGGGCUGACCAUUUAUCGAUCAAACGAUGUGGAAACGUACGGUCGGCUGAUACUUUGCUACGCCAAGUGGAAGUCACUGUACUGGACGGGAAGGGCCAGCGUGGAUGAACCGGACGAGUGGGCAAGUAUCGAUGCAGUUGCACUUACGCAACUGCCGUACGAUUUUCCACGUUCCAUUUGCCCGAGGGAUGCACUGCUCCGACGCAUCUUCCCAAUCGUCGCGAUGAAAUCCCGCAUCGACACUACUACAGGUGUGGCGCCAACGGAUGCGAAACGAAACAAUGUGACGACCCGUACUCUUCUUCGAAUACUUCCCAAACGACCCGAUCUGGAGGAGUUAUGCUUGAAAUUUAUACAAGCGUACCGUUGCGGCACAGAUGCAACUCCACCCUUGGAAGAUCAACAGGACCAGCAGGAAGCAAAGCCCCAAACGACAAACUCAGCCGCAUACAAAUCAAUGUCCGCUAGUGCGAAACGGUCACUUCGUUGGCAUUUGAGCGCCGAUGUAUCCGGUCAGCCUACCUUCCAGGCGGACGAACACACCGAGUGGCGAUCGGAAAUGAAACCGAUUAUUAUUCCAGACAGCGACGAUGGAGACGAAACAUCCACCAGCGAUGCCAUCUCAAUGCUGGUCAAAGAAAGUGACCAUAAUAUUCCGGCACAAAACUUACCUCACCUACGGGAUGAUUCAACACUCCGGUCCAGUGACGUGUUUUGUCCGGUGGCAGUUUCUGCCGGCAACGAUACAUGCAGCGCGACAGGAAUGGAACGAAACUCGUCCACAACACCAACCGAUGAGUUCGUGACCGAUAGUACAGCAACGCUAGUGCCGGCAUGGCCACCAUUUGUGGAAUGUUUUCUCAAUACGCCUCCGGCAACACCACAGUACGAAAUGCCUCCGGAUGUGGUCGACGAGGAACAGCGAAGAGUUGUGCUGGUCAAAAAGUCGUUCCCCAGUUCGAGCUGGACACGACUCAAAGGAACGAUUCGAUUGAUAGGUCAGCGGAAGAAACGAAUCUCUGCGGCAGGAGUCGUCAAACGUGUCCUGGUGAAGAUUUUUGCUCACGAUGGUUGGUGGAAUUUUGCCGAUGUUCUUGCCGUAAAGCUUCACAGCUCAACCAGGGCCAGCCGAUGCUCAUCAAUAAUGAACGGUCUAACAGGGAAUUGCACGUUGAAGGUAAAGGACACGCUUACAAAUGACCGACUGGAACCUUUAUCGGCCCAGCCAGACGUGUCGGCGGUCGGUAGCCGACGAUCGUCCGGCAAGGCUGAUGACGAUCGUGCGAAAAACGAUGCCUUGCUACGAGAACUUAUCGAUUGUCUCGGUACAGUUGAUACAAUGCCUUUGGAUUCGAAACAGGGUUACGUUGAUUUUGCCAUUUUGCCCGACAAUCCGGGAUACGGUGCGGAACGCAGCCUAACCGAUACUGUGGACGACCAGGCGUCUCCACCGGUGUUCGGAACUUGCGUUGACACGUCCCCGCUCUUUGCUGCUGAUAGUGAUAAAUAUGUAUUGUUGUUCACCGAGCUGGGACCCGUUUCCUGGCCAAUUGUAUAAAGUUUUCAUUCCCCGCUAGUAUAGGAUUGACCGAUUAAGUUGCAUGUUGCGGUACGCAGCCAUUGUUAUAUUGUAAGCAGCUAGGCGUCUCCAUCCGGAGAAUGUUUCCUUCUACUCGGAUCGAUAGGUCCUUCCUGGCCGGUGACCAAAAGGAUGGCGACCUUCGAUCCACAAAAGCUCAUCGACUUUCAAGGGCUGUUUGUGUCAAUUUCGUCUUUUCAAUGCCCACUGACACUGGUCAGUGUUGUACAGACGCGCACGGAAAGCUGUGACACAUCCGUCGAAGCAAUUUAGAUAAGAAAACGGUACGACCGGUGCCCCGGUAAGCAGGGUGCACGGUCGCAGCUUGGUAGUGUUAAGUAUAUCUAAUGCGGAACUAAUACUAAUGUUUAGAUGUCCUUUCUUCGAUGCCUUUUGAUUGUCCUCGAUGUUGUCCGAUGUGUGUCGGCAAGCUCUCAUUCUAUGCCUAAGUGUGUUUCAAUGUUUGUAAACCAAUAUAAUCUUUUUCUUGCCUUGGUGUUUUAUUCACUUGGAUGGUUGAACAAUAAAUUUAUUAAAAUAACCAUAACAAUUUACUAUAUCCCUUUAAAUACUUAAGAAAAUAGACUCCGAGAUAAGAAACCAGUUUGAACGAGCAAUGCUGAAUUUACAUUGACAAACCAGUUGUGAGUUAUAAACUGUUUCGCAUUCGCAUUGCCAUAAUUGAAAGUAAUUUUAACAAUUUUCCUUUUUAUAACAGUUCAAUCCUUCUUGCUUUUGGUUAUGGUCCAAACAGAUAUUAUGUUUAGAAAAGCAAACCUUUUACUCGUAAGGUCCCCAAUAACCACAAAAUCGAGCAUAUACAUAUGUACUCUAGAAGACCACCAUCAUCACCAAUCAUGCCUUUGAGUCGUCACUUCCUAACCAUCAACAUCAUCACUGUUUCAUGUGUGUACGAGAUUGAAAGCGGCUAGACAAGCAUUGGCAGAGACUUUGCAUCCUCUUAUUGCUUGCUUUGGGUUCUUCAUACUCAUACACACACGGUACAGUUGUUGCGUAACGAAUUUAUCGGUUUCAGCGUGUUUUACGAGUUUCGGUUUCAAUGGCAUUGUUGCCCACAGACAGCGAAACUGCUAGCUGGAAGCCAAAGCACUGUAUCAGUACAAUUGAGGGAAGAGAACCGAAGGGAAGGAGUCAGCAGUAGGUCAGCGAAACGUGCGCUGACCAGGCCGGUCUUUACUUACUUCGACUCAACCACACACAAACACACAUACAAAACCACAAUCAACGUAAACAGAGAGAAGCAAAUGGGAGAAUGAAAAUGGUGUAAACGAAACAGAACUCUUAGACAUACUUUCUUAAGCAGGUGAAACAUACUAGGAGGGAGGUAAUUGUAACAAGACUUGAUCAGGGGAACAGAAGUUGAGAAAAACAAUGUGAAACCCGCUGAGUUAAGAUACGGUUGUACAAUGUACACUGUUGGUGCACCCGGGUGGGGUUCUUAGAAGCAAUAGAAGCAUAAAAGUGACAGUUCCUGUGGCCAACAUAUACCGAUUAAUGCAAACAUAGCUCACAGGCUUGCUAGAACUCAUAGACAACCCCCAUCCACAGUACAAUCCCGCUACAGCUAACACACCAAUCAACUAACACUGCAAUCAACCAAUGCUAGCCAUCAACAACUGUGGAAUCAAGAUUAGAACGUUGAAAAGUCGUAGAAGGCAAAGAAAGGCAAGCAACACACGUAAGCAGCAAACACUGUACAUACACUUUGGAGAGAAGCUAUCCAAUGGCCCUUCCCGUCUCCUUUCGAUGGUUUCACCAAUAAUAUAGGCAAGAGUAACACAAAGAGUUUGUGCUAGUGUAAGUAUAUUUGUCCACCCUGGGCCGGUACAGGGUACGGGAGAUUCCCACACGGCAAACAGAUUUCCUGUAUUUUUGCAAUCAAUCACUAACCGAUGCACUACUAUCGCCGCAUUCUAAUGAACGAUAACCAAAUAAAGCGUAUUUGCGUACAUAUUCAUAUUUGAAGAUCGAUGUGAAAUAA